GAGCGCGACCAACCUUGAUUGUCUUUAAACGGUGGUUUUAAAGCGAACUCUUGCCACUAGUUUGAAAGCGUUUGUUCCAUUCAUUAACGUGCGAUAGUAAUAGAGUUUUGGUCCUUCGAGCCGGAUUAAUUUUUUUUUUAAGUCGACUUGUUGCGUAUCAAGUUGUGGUUUUUUGAAAAAUCUUCGUCCUUGAUGUCUCAGUUAGUGCCUUAUUUGAAUUUCGGCCUGGACGAUUGUGAUUAUAUUGAAGCAGCGAUGUAUUCGGAAAGUAUUUUCGGAAAAACUGGCGGUGGACGAAUGUUUAUAGCCUACGAGGGUCUAAAUUCAGGAGUACCGACCAGAACUACCCCUACGCUCACCCCAACCACUCUCAGGAAUAUCGAGCAGACUUUUAUCGAACUGCAACCAGAACCUCACGAAAACGAAGCUGGUUUCGUACCACCACUUGUACAUUCUAUAGGUAAUAACCAAUACGUCUCAGCAUCCGACGCCACGGAUCUCUACGUGAACCCCGCGUCCAAAUCGCCAUCGAUUUGGCAAAGCAGCCUGUCCCAAUCCAGCUCAGAUUCUAACACUAGAUCCACACCGCCAUUGACUUCGAAAACGAAUUUCAUCAACAACACACCUCAGGGAACCACUAGAAGAAACAUGGGUGGAAGGAAACCGAUCAAAGAUAUGAGUAUAUCACCUGAAGAAGAAGAAAGAAGACGAGUGCGUAGAGAACGAAACAAAGCUGCAGCGGCUCGAUGUAGAAAACGACGCGUAGAUCACACCAACUGUUUGGUCAAAGAAGUGGAGGAAUUAGAGCACAAACGUCAAAAAUUGAUUGACGAACAACAACAGCUCAAGCAAAUGAAAGAACAGCUUGAGUAUCUUCUCGAAAGCCAUUCGUCAUCUCCCGGAUGUCGUAGACGCACCUCCAGUCCUCCUGAUGUAAAGCCGUUCGAUCACAUUUAUUACGAUAAGGCGUUGGAGAGAGUCAAGACGGAAAAUAUGGAGCAGAUGGAUAAUGAUAUAUUUUUAUCGCCUUCGCCUACUAGAAAGAUCAUGUUGAGUCAAACAGUAUUCCCGCAUCCGAAGCCAUCGAGACCGAACAGUCUGAACGUGGCAAUAAGCUCAGCCUCAUCGAAAAUUCACGAGAUAGCAGGGAUCCCAAUCACCACUCCAUCUCAAGGGCUGUUUUUCAACUACGAAUCUAUGAUGGGCGGCGGUACCGGUUUGACGCCGGUCAGCGCACCCCUGAUACCGUCGUGCAGUACGCAGCAACGCAAUAUACCGGUCAGCGUCGCUGACUUGAGCUCGCCAGAUUCUCAGUUGCCGCCCAAGCUUGUUAGUUUAUAAUGUUAAGAGGGCGACUAAUAUUUUUGUGAUAUGCUUGUGGAGGAGUUUUUUUUUUUGUAAGGAAAACUUUUUUGUCAUAUUUGAGGCCAAUUACCAAUUUGUUUGUUGUUGAGAAUAUAGGCUCAGUUUUUUGAUACAAUAUACCAUUUUUGCUAAAAAUUGUAUUGUUAAGGUAUAUUUACUAUAAGUAAUAAGUUUACUUAACAUUUUAUAUGUGACAGAUAAUUGACGGAAGGUUGCCUUAGCCAUUUUUUACUGAGGCUGUGUUACUUAAACUUGAGUAACUAAUAUUUUUCUUUAGACAAUCAUUAGUAAUAAUUGUUUUGUCACAGGAACAAACCAAAAAAAAAAAAAACUUCUGUAAACCAUUUUCAAGUGUCAUCUAGUGUUAAUUUUUUCAAAGUAUUUAUUUUAUUUAAUAAUUUAGGUGUAAAUUUACUAAGGAAUUUACCAAAACUUCUUACACAAAUAUUUAAAAAUGGAUCCAAAUUUAUUCUAGUCCAUUCUAAAACAUUUUGUUGCAAUAUUAGUGGCUAGCUUUAAUAUGCUCAAAAUAUAUUUGCUAAUAAUUCCCAUUAUUUUUCAGUUGCGAUAAAACCAAGAAAAUGCCUUUUAAAGAUAUUUUUUUCUGUAGAGCAAAAGUUUUAUUCCAUCCAUCAACCAAUUUAUAAUUUAUUAGUCUUUAGGAUUUAACAAGAGAAAUUUGAAACCUUUAAAUUAGUGGCAAGUUACUUGUCCAGAAAUAAUAAAAUUACAAUUUGGCAAUGAUUGUAUUUUUCGAUUUGUCAAACUUUUUUCAUUUUUUUUUUUUAAAGCGAAUUUGUGUUACUAAAUAUAGGUAUAUCUAUUUAAUAUAUUUCUGAAAAUAAAGUACUUUAUAUUUGAAUAAUAAAUUUAAAAAAUAAAUAAAAAAUUUAUAUAUUAUACAUAUAGCAAUAUUUGAGAUUACAAUAUUUGUAAUUCGAAACAAAGUUUUUUUUUAUAGAGUUAUAUGUAGUUUUGUCAAGUUUUGUAUUUAUUUUAUGCAAUUUGCUAAUAUAUUGUGGAAAUGAAUAAAUAAAAUUUAUCUUUUCUGAGUA